UUAUUGUUAUCUCUGUUGAGGUUAUAUUUGUAAAUAGAAAACUUGUUAUUUAUGAGAUAAUAAUAAUUAUAUUAUAGCUUUGUUUCUAAGAUUAUUUGCCAAUACAUAUCUUUCGUGACCUUGUAGCCUUUAACAUUAAAAAACGUGGCAAACAUUUCUUAAUCCAUGGCAGAAAAUAUCAACAUGCAGUUUGCAGGAAAAGUGAUACUCAUCACGGGGGCAAGUUCUGGAAUAGGAGCGGCCACCGCUAAGCAUUUUGCAAAAUUAGGUGCUAGUCUGGUCUUGGCAGGAAGAAAUAAACAAAAUCUUGAAUUAGUUGCUUCUGAAUGUAAGACCAAUAACAGUGUUGAGCCAUUACUGUUAACUGCUGAACUUACAAACGAAACAGAAACUAAAUCGUUAGUUGAGAAAACUAUAGAGAAAUUUGGGAAACUUGAUGUUUUAGUAAAUAAUGCUGGUGUAUUGGAAUCAGGUUCUGUUGAGAAUACUAAUUUAGAACAGUAUGAUCGUGUUAUGAAUGCCAAUGUUCGUUCAAUCUAUCAAUUAACAACUUUAGCCGUUCCACACUUAGUUAAAACUAAAGGCAACAUUGUGAAUGUGAGUAGUGUUAACGGAAUUAGGGCAUUUCCAGGCGUUUUUGCUUAUUGUAUAUCUAAAGCAGCUGUUGAUCAACUUACGAGAUGCGCGGCUCUAGAUUUGGCUCCAAAGCAGGUUAGAGUAAAUUCAGUUAAUCCAGGAGUGACUUUUACAAAUUUACAUACGAGAAGCGGUAUGAAUCCUGAACAGUAUGAAGCUUUUAUAAAGAGGUCACAAGAGACUCAUGCUCUAGGCCGCCCUGGCAAACCAGAAGAAGUAGCAAGAACUAUUGCUUUUCUAGCUAGUGAUGAUGCCAGUUUUAUAACUGGUGCUUCCAUACCAGUAGAUGGAGGAAGACACGCAAUGUGUCCAAGAUAAGUUCCAAAAAUUCCAUUUUUCAAUACAAAAUAGUCAAUAAAACUGUUUUUAUUAUUUCUUAAAUAAAUGUAUAAUUAUAAUAACUACAUAAAAG